AUGGCUCUCAGAAUAAACCCAACGGAACUGGCCCUACUACCGCUGAACGCCUCCCCGAAUAAAGGCAAGAAGCUAGCCUAUCCGAAUAUUUCUGCUGGAGCUGUCCCAAGCAGUUCGGAAGGCUCGAAACCCGCGAGCAUGAAUAUUUUCGCGAUGGUUUUUCCCUCGAGUCAAGCACGUUCAGAAAGCUCUCACCACAAAUCUGAUGCAGCCCCUUCUGCAAAUACAUCGACUUCCAGAAACAAUAAGGACAACUCCACGGGCGUAGGCGCGACGCCUUCAGCCGUGAAUCGAUCACGGUCUCAGGACAACCCUCGAUCCAUGCACAAUCACUCUCCACCUGCGACCACAACCACGCGCCAAAGCAAUACUCAAGCCAGUCGCAGUGUCCCUUCACCUGAGACCAGAACCACGCGCCAAAGUAAUAAUCAAGCUAGUCGCAGUGACCCUACACCUGCGGCCACAACAACGCGCCAAGGUAACACUCAAACUAGCCAUAGCGUCUUUUCACCUGCGAUCAAAUCCACUAGCCAGGGCAACACUCAGUCAAAGAGAGCUCCAGCUGCGGGCAAGACACCAGAGAAGGGUGGAGAAUCUGUUUCCAAGGACCAAGAAAAAGUGACCACAGACGAAGUACAAAAGAAGAUCAACACAGAUCUCGCUAAGCUUGAUGCAGCACUUGCGAGUGGCCAUAACAAGCAGGGCAGUCCUGCCAAAGUGGUCAUUCUGCCAAAAGCUCACGACACAAGGCACCUAGAAAACAACAAAGCAACAUGCGAGAUAGACCUGCUGCUUGAGCCUGAAUCUCAGGCCGUGGAUAUACGUGGUUGCGUGGCCCGUACGGCAGGUUUCAUGGAGGUUGAUGAGUUCGGGAGGACGAUAAGCGGGGAACGAAAGCCUGCAACAAGGCAGCAUCAAACCAAGCUGUUCCGCGACUCCGCUUGCUCGAAGAACCUCAUCUUCAAGGGGCAGCAUGUAGAGGUGUACAAGAUGGACACUGACGCGGCCAUCACGACAUAUGAGAUGAUGGUCCGCUACGUGACAGGCUCGGACAGCGGUAAGAGCAUCAGCCACAACGAUAUCGAGGCCUUCCGGAAACGUCUGGCUAAGGGCGGUGUCAAGCCUGAUCGCAUCCGAGAACAAUGUCUCAAAAAUGGUUUUGCCAUCCCCGAGGCUUUCAUUGAGAUGCGCCUCGACGAUAACAACGGCAACAACAACAACAACAUGCAAGGGGGGAAGAAGUUGGACGACAAGGCCCGGAAGGACCAAGAUGAAAAGAUUAAUGGGAAGUCAAUCCCAAAGGCAAAAUAG